AUGGUGAGCGAGUCCCCGGGGCGCGGCGCCGGCGUCCCCUGGCGGCGAAGCGACGAGGCGCUGCGCGUGAACGUGGGCGGCGUGCGGCGGCGGCUGAGCGCGCGCGCGCUGGCGCGGUUCCCGGGCACGCGGCUGGGCCGCCUGCAGGCCGCGGCGUCGGAGGAGCAGGCGCGGCGCCUGUGCGACGACUACGACGCGGCGGCGCGCGAGUUCUACUUCGACCGGCACCCGGGCUUCUUCCUGGGCCUGCUGCACUUCUACCGCACCGGCCGCCUGCACGUGCUCGACGAGCUGUGCGUCUUCGCCUUCGGCCAGGAGGCCGACUACUGGGGCCUGGGCGAGAGCGCGCUGGCCGCCUGCUGCCGCGGCCGCUACCUGGAGCGGCGCGUGGCGCGGCCGCGCGCCUGGGACGAGGACAGCGACACGCCGAGCAGCGUGGACCCGUGCCCCGACGAGAUCUCCGACGUGCAGCGCGAGCUGGCGCGCUACGGCGCGGCGCGCUGCGGCCGCCUGCGCCGCCGCCUCUGGCUCACCAUGGAGAACCCGGGCUACUCGCUGCCCAGCAAGCUCUUCAGCUGCGUCUCCAUCGGCGUGGUGCUCGCCUCCAUCGCCGCCAUGUGCAUCCACAGCCUACCCGAGUACCAGGCCCGCGAGGCGGCCGCCGCCGUGGCCGCCGUGGCCGCGGGCCGCAGCGCCGAGGACGCGCGCGACGACGACCCGGUGCUGCGGCGCCUCGAGUACUUCUGCAUCGCCUGGUUCAGCUUCGAGGUGUCGUCGCGCCUGCUGCUGGCGCCCAGCACGCGCAACUUCUUCUGCCACCCGCUCAACCUCAUCGACAUCGUGUCGGUGCUGCCCUUCUACCUCACGCUGCUGGCCGGUGCGGCGCUGGGCGGCCGGCGCGGCGCGGGCGGCGAGGAGCUGGGCGACCUGGGCAAGGUGGUGCAGGUGUUCCGCCUCAUGCGCAUCUUCCGCGUGCUCAAGUUGGCGCGCCACUCCACGGGGCUGCGCUCGCUGGGCGCCACGCUCAAGCAUAGCUACCGUGAGGUGGGCAUCUUACUUCUGUACCUGGCCGUGGGCGUGUCGGUGUUCUCCGGUGUGGCCUACACAGCUGAAAAGGAGGAGGACGUGGGCUUUGACACCAUCCCAGCCUGCUGGUGGUGGGGCACAGUGAGCAUGACCACAGUGGGCUACGGGGAUGUGGUACCAGUGACGGUGGCUGGCAAGUUGGCAGCCUCCGGAUGCAUCCUGGGGGGCAUCUUGGUGGUGGCACUCCCCAUCACCAUCAUCUUCAACAAGUUCUCCCACUUCUACCGGCGCCAGAAGGCUCUGGAGGCGGCCGUGCGCAACAGCGACCACCGGGAGUUUGAGGACUUGCUGAGCAGCAUGGACGGCGCAUCGGAGGCCUCUCUGGAGACGUCGCGAGAGACCUCCCAGGAGGGACAGUCUGCAGACCUGGAGACCCAGGCCCCCAGCGAGCCUGCAGACUCUCGGGGGUGUUAAAGCCAGGGCUGCGUGUCCCCCUUCCCAUGUGCCUAGAGUCAGCUGAAACAGAGCAAAGACUCCUCCCCUGCUUCGUUUCCUUGUGGUAGUGAGACAGACUCGUGCUGGCCUGAGAAAUAGGCCCCUUCCUCCCGUGGCCCAGAGCAGGAGGGCACUGCCUAAGCCACUCCCAGCACGGGCACAGCCAGAGAAGGUCAACAGGAAGCCAAGGACUCCUGGGACCCUGCUCUUAGCCAGAUCACAUUUGGCCUCGUGUUGGAAGAUGAGAAUCAGCCCCUUUUCACAGGUGGGGAACUGAGGCUCAGAAGGGCACUGUCUCACCCCCGUGUCACGCAACUAGGGAGUGGCAGUCUGCUGUGGAAUCCAGGCUGUGGUCCGCCGAGUGUCCUGUCCACUCUUCUGCCCUCACAG